AUGGCCAUCGACAUGAUUGUCCAUGAGUUGUUGGUCAUUGGAUAUUCAAAUCUGUUGAUUCAUCAGGUUCAAGGAGAGUGGACCAUGAAGAACUCAAAGAUUAUACCUUAUGUGUUGUAUGUACAUAAGUUGUGGAAAAGUUUUCGUAAGAUCGAGUUCAGACAUACUCCCAGAAUACAAAAUGAGUUAGCCGAUGCUCUUUCCACCAUCGCUUCAAUGAUUAAACAUCUAGAUACUGAUUAUAUUGACCCUUUGGAUAUAGAGCUGAAGGAACAUCCAGUCCAUUGUUCACAUGUUGAAGCAGAACCAGAUGGUUUGCCAUGGUAUUUCUAUAUAAAGAAGUAUUUGGAGUCCAAAAAUUAUCUUGAAGACGCUACAUCCAACCAAAAGAAGUCAAUACGCCGUAUGACUCUCAAUUUAUUUCUAAGUGGAGAAAUCCUUUAUAGGAAGAAUCCAAAUUUAGGUCUUCUCGGAUGUGUUGAUGUUGUUGAAGCAGCGAAGCUUAUUGAAUAG